AUGAAUGAUUUUGUCAAAUUUCAGUCUUCUAAAUAUGCUAGAAAUGUUGAUGAUUUGGGUUGUGAGGACUCGAGUAUUCCUAGACUUACUUGGUCUAAGAUUGUUAAUAAUGGAGCUAAUGCUGAGCAGUUUGAUGAUGGGUUUAAAGAUGCUCCUAGGAAGAUUUCUUUAAAGGGGACGGCUUUGAAGCUAUGGACCAACAGUGGUCUCAAAAAUGUUUACUACAACUCAAAAGGAUACUACACCUUUCGGUUUGAUGCUGUGGAGGAUAUGAAGAAGGUCUUGGCUCUUAACUCUGUCCAAAUUGGGGGUAAACGCCUAUACCUUGCACCUUGGACUGAUGGAGCAAAUUUUCAGAAAAAUGUGAUUAAAAAAGUCUCCACUUGGGUGAAACUUGUUGAUGUUCCACACUCUUAUUGGACAAGGGAGGGUCUCAAGCACAUUGCUAGUGCUGUGGGAGUCCCAGUUAGUCUUGAUAAGCAAACUGCCACACUGAAUCCUAUGAAGUAUGCUGGGGUUCUUGUAGAAAUCACUUAUGAUUGUUCCUAUCCAAAGGCUGUUUGGGUCCCUGUUAUUGAUGAGGAUACGGGUGAAGUGGUCAAAGUUAGGGUGGGCAUCGACUAUAGUUCGGUCCCACAGUGUUGUUCCUACUGUAAAGCUUUUGGGCAUUUUGACUCAAGAUGUGAAAAGAACCCCUCCUAUGUGAAGCCCCCCACCAAGGAAAAGGCUCCAGUAAAGAAAGGGAAAGAAAAAGCUGAGUUUAUGGGUUGUCCUGUGGAGAAGGAUCCUACUGUGAACCCCACCCCUGUUCAACCUGUCACCAACCCAACCACCCCCAACCCUGAUGUUGUUGGCACCUCUAACAAGUUUUCUGUUCUUGAAGAAGGAGAAAUUGUGUCCUUAGCUGAAACUGAGGUUGUUGGAACUGAUUCUGAGCCUGUCUCUGUUAAUUCCAAUGAAGGGAAUACUAUGCCCCAUAGUGUCCCUGAAGUGCCCGUGGAAUGCCCUGCUAAUGCGUCUGUGGUUGAUGCGCCUGUUAAUGCGCCAGAUGCGCCCGUAGUGCGCUCUAGUGAUGUUGAGCUCCAAGAUGCGCCUGUUGCGCCCUUGGGAUGCUCUGGUGAUGCUCCAGUUGAGAUGGAAGUUGAUCAGGGGUUCAUUGAGGUUGUUUGUGCCUUGCCAGCUUCUAACACACCUCCAAUCUGUCCUCAAGCCACUGUUUCUGAAUCCUCCAAGAACAAGAGAAAGAAGAGCAAAGGUAAGGGUCAAAAUGGACCCUUUUUUACUGAAUCUCCCCAAGUGUCUCCAUCUUUGGCCUCUCCAAGCAAGAGAGGAAAGAAUGUUGAUGAAGAUGGUUUCACUCAUAUUGAAAACAAAAGAAGCCUACGGUCACGGGGUAAGGUGACUAUCUUAAACCUUUCUUAA